AUGAGUGGAUUAUCGAUUUUCCAAACUUUACCAUGGCAUAUCAUAGAGCCUAUUGUUGGCUAUUUAUUAUAUAUCAAUCGUCACGAGCUCUCCUUCAACAAAUCGCUGGCGGCGGCCAUUCCUCACAGCUGCCACAUAUGGCGCUCUGUAUUUAUUUCUAAAACGUGCGACAAGCUCCAUUUGAACUUUGCCGCAUCAAACCAGACAACUCACACCUUUCCCAAUUGGCCUCAAGCUUUGGCUCAGCCUAAGUUUUCAGCAAACUACGUCAUAAAAACCGUCAGAGUUGAUAUUACCAAAUGGGUGCUUACCAUGGGCGACAGGGCGCUCACCAGACCCUUGGGCCCACCCUGCGCCUAUGUGACUUUUCCAGCGGCACAUGUAUUGGAUAUUAAUAUUCCCAAUGCCUACGAACCCUCGCCAUCCAGAGAUGCGAACUGGUCAGUCGCACUCCAGAACAUUGGUGCGUUUUUGCAGAGACCAAAACAAAUGGCACUGGCUAUCCAAACAGUCAACAUACUAUGA